AUGGCGGACGAGCAACAACAGCAGCACCUUCCCCGUCAAUCUGCGCCCAGUUUUGACAGAUUGGAAAAUUUCAAUUUCCUCCUUUCUCGUCACGACCCUGCCCUGGCUAAGAGUCGCCAUUAUUCCUUUGACGCCGAUUCGACCGGUCUGGCGCCACCACCGCUCAAUAACAGCGUGAGCAUGGAUUACGACCAAACGGAAGGCAUGGGGGGUCUUUCAGUCAGUUCUUAUGAGUCGCUCGAGGACGAGCGCAGUUCCUUGGAUCUCAGAGGUUAUCCCUAUGCCGACAAAUCCAUCAACUAUUCUCUCCCUACAGACCAAAUGCUCUCGUACUCGGCUCAUCCGAUAUAUCCACCAAUCCCUUACACUACCGAUGAUCUGGGCCAUGCACCAGGCGCCUUGACGCCUUCUGAUGUAUCCUCGUCCAUCUCACCACCAAACGGCCAGAUCGGGAAUACCAAGUACAGCACUUCCAUUCCCAGCGACCGUAUCGCAUCCGCCCUUGGGCAAGAAGAACAUGCCCGGCAUUCUGCCGAAGAAGACCGACGGCGGCGCAACACAGCCGCCAGCGCCCGCUUCCGCAUGAAGAAGAAGCAGCGGGAGCAAACACUGGAGCGGAGCGUGCGCGAGACGACCGAGAGGAACGCUGCCCUCGAAGCCCGCGUCGCCCAACUGGAGAUGGAGAAUCGAUGGUUGAAGAACCUUCUGACAGAGAAGCACGAGGCCACUUCUUCUCGUGCGGCCCCAUCAUCGAAUGAAACUCCCGAAAAGAAUCAAAAGUCGACCUCGAACGCCACGGGAAGCGGACAAAAACAUAUUCAGCCAAAAAAGAAGGGCGUAGGGACCGACGCUUGA